CUUCUCACAUCAAUUUGUGUCGCAACGAGACGCUGCACACCGCCGGCUCCCGCCUGGCCGCUGCGGGCGCCCUUGGCUACGCCGCCGACGUCGGCGUCAUGGCUAGCUCUUCGCAGGCGAAGAAGGAAGGCCCACGAGCAUUAGUGAAUGAUAUCACCGUUCGGACGUGCGUGCGAGAAGCAAUGGGAGAUGGGCUGCCAGCAGCCACGUUGAAGAAAUGGGUCACUGAUCUCAGCAAGAACUUCUACGUUCAGGAUGAUGCGAGCUUCAUCAAUGCGUGGGCUGAGCUCCGGGAGAAAUGGGAGAAGAGAAAUAUGCGCAAGCAGUGGCAGAAGAAGCAAAGGGAGCGGCUCUCAGAGGAGCCCCACUCCAAGCGCCGUUCCCGCGAGUCGGACGUCGACCCCGAAGAGGUUCUAAGCUGCCUGGACGCUGCGCGUGAGGAUUUGGCACAAGGUCGCAGCGAUUCCUUCGAAAGGGCGACUGCCCUGCACCUCACGCUGGCUUUGAGUGCCGAUCGUGCUCUAUUCGUGUGGUCGGCCCUGAGUUCAGGAGAUGGCAGAGGUCUUCGUGAAGACGAAGCACCAAGCACCGUGACCGCGCUUCGUUCCAUCCUUGCAGCUGGGGCCAGAGGCACUAAAGUGUCUUUGAAGCAACUGGCUCUCUUAGUUCAUCCUGACAAGACGCCGCAUCCCCGUGCAAAGGAAGCGUUUCAGCGUCUUGCGCCCGAGCUGCGUGCUGGGGAAGGUUUGAGCUGAAGUUUUCUUGAACUGCCGCUUAGUGGAGAGAGUAGCUGCAAUUUGCAACCCGUGGGUUUCGCAGCUUCUAUGUACAGCAUGGUUCGGGAAACCCUGAACCUCGUGCGGUCCAAAAGGAAGCAUGCCCUGCACUCGCUUUGGUUACUGCAGCAGAUCCUGAGCUGCAUUCUAUAUGGAAUGCGACAUUUCCAGACCGGUGCG